ACUGUAGUUCAGCGCCAAUAUACAUUACGUGUGACACCCGACCUAGUUUCACACACUGCCGACAUGGCCAUGCUGUACACCCGUCUCAUCCUCACAGUUGGAGCUCUCUUGGUGGACAUAUGUCACAAACACGUGGAUUCUGCUCCAGUUCUUGCUACCAACAGACGUGUUCCUGUGGAGGGUGUCAGUUUCAGCAUCACCUGUACAGGAGUUGCGGCUAUCACUUCAGCUACUCGUUUCUAUAAGGAUACUUCUAUCCAGGGCGGCUGCUUAUCAUCAGGCAGCUGUGGGACAUCUGUCUCUGGAUACAACGUGAGUCUGGACAGUACAUCCAGGAUCCUGACUCUAGACAUCGCAUCACCAGAUUCCGUCAGAGACAGCGGGACAUGGAGUUGUACUGAUGGUGCCACAUCGUCUGAUACCAUCACACUGUCACAGUUUGCAGCUCUUCUGGACUGGAGCUCUGUGACAUUCUCUCCACAACUGACUUCUCUCCCGUCCUCUGUGACCCCACAGAACACUAUCUCCGUCAAGGUGACCACCCCGUGUGCUACCCCUGCCGCCGUCAUCACAUGGAGAUACCAACAGGGUGUGAGUGGCGUCCUUCCCAGCAGUACAUCUUCCUCCCAGGGAUCAUGUCCAUCAGGCCAGGUCCAGACAACCAACACUCUGUCUCUGCCAGGAAACACAGUCAGUCUCUACAACAGACAGGUGUCUCUCACUGUCAGUGUGGAACAUGACUCCUUUGACCCGCCCACGUACACAAAGUCUGUCACUUCAAAUACAAUACAGUUUCCUGUCCCAGUAACGUCUGUGACACUGACAAACAUCAACUCUGAUUAUGAGAAGAUAGGACAAGCAGUGGGUCAACCGCUGACCUUGACCUGUGUGACUUCAGCCAGCUUCCCGACUUCUGCUGUGACCUGGGUGACCUUGCCAUCAGGAACCACUCCUACAGUCAGCACAGAGACGACAUCUGGUGUCCUGGUGAAGACCACAAGCUCCGUCACAUUCACGGUCAGUAAGACUGACCAGGGGAGGAGCAUUCACUGUCAGGCUGAAAACAUCAACGGUCAGACAUCCCCACAGUCUAACAGAGCAACACUGGAGGGUUGGUACGGACCCGACACAAACCAGGUGAGAGUAACAAAACCAGCAAACAUCGUCGUGGCAGAGGACCGUGACCUGACCUUGACCUGUGAGACCUUGACCUCUGUAUCUCCUGGAGUGACCUUCACCUGGGACUACAGUGAUGGGUCUGGCAUAGCAGGAGGAAGUACAGGAUCUGUGACAGGAUCAGCGGGUACCACGUGGUCUCAGACUCGGACAUUCCGUCCUGUCAGGAGCAAGACAGAUGUCAGGUGCAGUGUGAGAAACACCAGGACAGCAGUGGCGGUCACCAAGACUCUGUCACUCGGGGAUGUCAAGUACCCACCUCCAGGCCGCCCUACAGUCCAGGAUUUCCCCUCUGUGAUGUAUGCUGGAGUCCUGAAGACCAUCAGGUGCACAGUGACAGGAGGCAACCCUCUGGCUUACAUCACGUGGUCCUGUUACAACACCAGCAACACAGGCAUUGAGUCCAGCAGUGAGGGAACCAAGACAUCCUCACUCACCUUCCUGGUCACUAAACACCAGAACUCCGGACAGUGUCAGUGUGGAGCAUCAUGGAUGUAUGGAGGAUACAAUGAGACUGUGACACAGACGUUUACUGUCUAUUAUCCACCAGACAAACCCACCACAACCAACCCUGGUACUCUAUGUGAAGGAGAGUCCAUAUCACUGACCUGUUCCUCGUCCCCUGACCAUGGCAACCCUCCGGCCACCUUCUACUGGACAAAGAACAACGCAGCAGUCCACACAGGCAGCUCCUACACGUUCUCUCCAGUGGAGGCUGACAACGGAGCUGACAUCAGAUGUGCUGCUGGUAACACCUACACAGAGAGAGCUGGAUCCUCACGUCAACAGUCAGAUGCCAGGCAACUCAGUGUAUAUUAUGUUGGCGUGCCAACAAUAACUCCGGCUGCCACACAGACCAGGAAGGAAGGACAGAGCUUGUCUCUGACAUGUUCAGCUGAUGGUAAUCCUGACAACGCUGUCAUCGCCUGGACCUUCAAUGAUUCCCCCAUGCCAGGGAGCAGUGUGAUGAAAGCUGACCUGAACAGAUCUGAUGACGGGGAAUACGUCUGUACUGGGAGAGUCAACACAGGCAGUGUGUGUCCUGGUGGUAGUCUACAGGAGAGGUCUACUGUCAGGGUGAUUGUUAACUGUAAUCCACACCAGUCUGGUGUGUCGGGGUCAUCACUUGGAAUUGGCCUUGGUGUAGGACUGGGGAUAUGCAUCAUUGUUAUCAUAGUGAUGGGUGCAGCACUGAUCUAUCUUAGAAGGCGUCACCUACUGUCACCACAUGAUCGAGGUAGACCUGCUGCUCAGAUUCAAGACAGAGACACUCGGGAGCAACCAAUAGUAAACACUCAGAACUCAGACAUCCAGGAUCUUAGUCAAUAUGCCAGGUUUGAGGAGUGUGCAUCGCAGCCUUAUUCCCAGUUGAAGAUCUACGAAAACACUAAAGGUUGCGUGCCACAUGAGCCGGAGUAUGAAGGUAUACAGGAGCGGUCACCAGCCACCUACGAAGCUGUGGAGUUACAUACGUAUGAAAACAUGGACAGGAAAGUGAAAGAUCCGACCUACGCCAAUGCAUCAACAACUGAGUAAAACGUAUUGAGCCAGACAAGAAAAUAUGAUACACCAAGCAUAAAUUUACAAGCUCUUCGUGACAAACUGCUUCAGACAAGCAAACAAACAUGACAAUGAUUCACUUGUUUUUAAAAUUCUUCUGAAAACGCUCUUUAGGUUUCGUAGAAGACAGCCUGUUACAUCCAGAUUAAGAUCCAUUAAUUAAUUGAAAUUAUGAUUGAAAUAUUUUCUCAAGGGUUUUGAAUGCCACACGAAGUUCAGAAAGAUAAAGAUGUACAACUUGCCUUGCCAGGAACUUUAAAAGGAGGGGAAUAAGUCACAUGAGCAUGUUGUUAUACCUCAACGAACAUGCAUCUUGUACAAUGUAGGCUACCAUACAACAUACCUUGUUUCAUUCCAGAACAACCAAUUACUAAUUACACCAAAUUGAUUUCAAUCCUACUUUCGGUAUUUUCAAAUCUAACACACAGCAAUACAACACUGAGAUUUACACACUGUUACUGAAUCACAACCCAAACCAUUCAUACCCAUUAUUUCGCAUAGCUGCCUAGACAUGUACAUUUUACACGAGGUAACCCUCUGACAGAAUGGAACAAUUCUGGCCACACCGAAUUGUAACAGUCUCUGUAAUUACCCUUUUGAAAUCGAUUUUCCAUUUGAUCAAACUGCAAGAACAAUGAUGUUUAGUAGCAUAAUUGAAAUGUGUAAAGUAAAGCUGGUCGCUGAUGUGUCUAUAUUGUUAAAUGGGAGCUAUCAUCUCAGCUACAAUAUACAGUUAUUUGACUCUGUCCAGAAGUGUAUCAACUACACUAUAAUAGAUUUAUGUAAAUGUAAAACACCGUUCCUGCUGCUUCCCUCUGUUUGUAUAUACUCUAUCUUUUAUACAUAUGUCAAUGUUGUUACUUUAUAACGCUAACCAUGUGAAUGUUUUGGAGAGGUCUGCGGAAGUUGUGAAAACUUGUGCCAGAUCCUUUUCCUUGUAAAUAAAAUAUGUUUAAAUCAA